CCCGUACUCGCUCAGAUGACACAUUUCGGAAUUGACCUUGUUGCACGGAACUCGUCCCUGAGAGAACUGAAGAAGAGUGUCGAGGAGAGUUGUCUGGUUUACAUACUAGUUUCUUUCUUCUUCGCUGGGAAGAAAAAGAACAUCAAGGUUGAGGCGACAGGAGUCGUCGUGUGGUAGUAGCAAUGUUUCAAUCUUGAUUUGCUUUUCUACAAUCAACAUACGAAAAAACAAUUUGUUUCGGCAGGACCUCCGAAUGAAAGAAAAAUGCGCGCUUGAAUCAUGUUGGUCCAUGAGGACAAGAAGAGUGAACUUCUGAUGCAUUUUUAUAGAGGCACGUAGGAUCACGAUCGUAUAAUUGAGAAGUAGAAAAACCCGUGAAAAUGAUGGCCAAUCAGGGGUUUGACCCGGCGAAGCAGGGUCAGCCCGUGAUGAUGCAGCCCAUGCAGCCUGGGCAACAGAUCCCCAUGGAACAAAUGCAAAUGGGGCAGCAGCAGCCCAUGAUGAUGCAGCCCAUGGGUACUAGUAGAGUUGUUUUUCCCUGUAAUUUUUCUUCAUCAUCAUGUUUCUAUAUUUUUUGCUGCUGUUCAUUCUUUCGCAGCGGCUCUGGUCGCCUGUCCCGACUAGGCCAACAACUUUUUGCUCUUUUCUACACGACCAGGUCAACCGGGAAUGAUGGUGGGUCCCCCCGUGAUGGCCUCCGGCACUCCGAUGGGCGCGCCCAUGAUGCAGGGUGGCAUGAUGAUGGCUCCGAUGGGUCCCGCACAGCUGGAGUGGGAGCGCCCCCGGGUCUGCGCGGAAUGUACCUGCGAGUGCUGUUUGGCCGGAUGCUGCCCUUGUAUCUCGGUGAGUCAGACGAUGACUUUGGCAAAGAUGGGCGGGGCGCACGCCCUUAUCGUCGGGAUUUGCGUGUUCCUUCAGUACUUCUUCGACGGGUUUAGGAACUAUGUACUGUUUUGCUGCAUUUUUUUGAUGAGACUGGAUGUUCUUACUCUUAGCCUGCUGAUCCUGAUUUUUUGAAUGAUACUCCGCUUCAGUGUGAUCAUAGUUUGAUAAUCUACUGCCACUGCUUCAUCCAACAUCUUCCACGAAAACUUCUCCACCGGGGAUCUUCCCUGAAGAUUCGUGACGAUUUCAAAAACACCAACACUAGCCUUCCGAGACAGACAUGUGGAGACUGAUCAAGCUUAUCGCAUGGCUGCUCAACAUGGCGGCGGGGAUUUGCGAAUCUCUGGCCCUGAUCAACUGGAAGCAGCUAUCCCAAGUAAUUUUUACGCACACGUGCUGCACAAUAUCCUGGCUUUGCAGGACAAAAGUGUUCUUCAAUCCUGCUGCUCAGCAUGACCAGUGAUAUACCCUAAGCUAGCGAAAUUUGUGAUGCAUUCAUUUGCCCGUGUGGGUGUGCGGGAAAUUUGUAUUGCAUAGCAGGCAACCGGGCGCCACGUCAACGUUCGGGACCCAAUAUGAACUGCAAAAGUAUCGUACUCGUAUAAAUGCAAGUCUUGCAUUACAAAUCUUUAUCUUAAGGGAAAUCCGCAUUACAAACUUCCUUUCUCAUGCUGAGGAAAUUUGUAAUGCAUUUAUACGAGUACGAUACUUUUGCACAGGAUACCUAAGUGGGAAUUGCGGCGAGGAUUUCUGCUGUUUCUGUUGCUGCCCGUGCUACGCAAUCCCCGCAGUACACCGAACGGUGGAGGACUGGAUGCGGAUGUAUCCACAGUAAACUACUUCUUCCCGUGAUUAUGGACCACGACAUCCAAAACACUGAUACAAAUUGCAAUGGUCACCAGCGUGCAAAUCAAAAGUCUAUCUCUUUCUCUACCUUUUAGCAUUACAACUUCGAUAAACAGCGGUUGCUACAGUAGUUUGUCAUGCAGAUCUUGUACGUCGUGCUCGUGGACGGUAGUAAAAUUUGUACUCCAUAAGAUGGGCGGUCCCAACAUGCAGCAGGGCGGGACUGGCGCACGGAUGGCGGUGUCACCAGGGGGCAUGAUGCAGAUGCAACAGCAAUAG